CGCGAAUAAAAGGUGUUUGCGUUUGGAUCCAAAUUGUCAGUCUGGGUCUGGCUAUAUAACCUGUCCCCUCCCACACUCAUCUUAACCUCAAUACCCUCUUCUUUCGCUUCCUCUUGUGCUAAGCCCUGCCACCUGCGCAGGUUAAGCAUAGAGAUAGACAAAAUAAUUAAUUGAGCAAACAAAAUAUGGACACACAUUUGGUUCUUUUAGUGGGUUUGAUCUGCACCGUGGUCGCCGGCGUCGGAGGCCAAGCUCCAUCAAACUCCCCAACCACUUCUCCGGCUCCACCCAAUAACACUCCUGCUCCACCCACUCCUCAAGGUUCUCCACCACCCGUUCAGCAGUCUUCUCCGCCACCCGCUCAGCAGUCUUCCCCCCCACCCGCUCAGUCCUCGCCUCCUCCCGUUCAGUCCUCGCCUCCGCCAGCAUCCUCUCCACCGCCAGCAGCCACGCCCCCACCAGUGAACUCCCCACCACCUGCGUCUCCUCCCCCAGCCUCUCCGCCACCUGCGUCUCCUCCACCGGCUACUCCACCUCCUGCUUCUCCUCCUCCAUUUUCCCCUCCCCCUGCAACUCCCCCUCCCGCUACUCCUCCUCCCGCAGUUCCUCCGCCCGCACUCACCCCGACGCCUCUCUCGUCUCCACCCGCUACUUCUCCCGCUCCGGCUCCUGCUAAGGUCAAGAGUAAAGCCCCUGCACUCGCACCGACCGUCUCCCCUUCCGAAGCUCCCGGUCCCAGCCUCGCCACCAUCUCUCCCUCUGGCAAUGACGAUAGUGGGGCUGAAAAGUUGUGGUCCUUCCAGAAGAUGAUUGGGAGCUUAGUAUUCGGAUGUGCUCUUCUGUCCUUGCUGUUCUAGAGAUCUGUCUUCGGAUCCAUGUUAUUUUGCUAUUUACCUUUAUAUAUUAUUUUGUGGAUGUGAUAUGGGAGUUUAUUACUGUAUUUGAUUUAUAUACAUUGCUUGCAUUCUUGGGAGAUUUGAGGGGAGGUUUUGUAUUUGAGGGCAGUUAUUUUGUAUCGCGCUAUUAUUAGUUUAU